GCAGUCAUAAGAUGUCGCUUCACGCCAAAAUGGCAAGUGAGAGCGUGUUCCACGCUGCUGUUCGAACGAUUUUUACUAAUUGGACGGCUCUUCAACUUGCUAUUCAACAUGGGAUGGGAGGACCUUAUGCUAGAGAAAAAGAAAGAUGGCUUGCUGAUGCUGCCGUUCAAUACUUUCAUGAUAAUGUAGACUUGCAACCAGAUGAAGUGGAGGAAUUCAUCAAUGACAUUUUAAACAAUGAAUUUGACACAAUAGCAGAUGAUGGCAGUGUAGAAGAGAUAUCAAGAAAGCUGUGCCAGUUCCAUCGAUGGUGUCAAGAAGGUCACGAAUCUCUCGUUUUGGAGAAUCUUCCAAAAUCGUGUACUACACGGACUGGAACCAAUAGUUCUCAGUGUGUCACAGAACAAAUGCAAAACCUCAGUCUGGAACACACGACUAACGAUGCUCCAACAGAGUCAACUCCAGACUCCGAGACCCCAUUGGAAGAAGGAUGGACCGUAGUAAGGAGAAGUAAGAACAGAUAAGGUUGCAUUAUAUGACAUAAUUGUAAUUUUCUUUUUUUUUAACUGCUAUUGUGUAAAUACUUUCUGAAAUACUAUGAAGAAUAAAGUUGUACACAUUAUUUUAA